CUCUCCGACGCCGCGCGUUCACCCCUCUUCUUCUGUCUGUUUCUCCCCUCCCAAUCUCCCGCUCUUUUACUUAUAAUUAUACCAAGACCAUACCUGCUUCUUGACCCCGCCAGUGUUCAAAAAUGGGUUGCGUUCAAUCCACCGGUAUCGAUGAUGAGGCAAAGGCUCGCAACGAUGAGAUCGAAAACCAGCUGAAGCGGGACCGCAUGAUGGCGAAGAACGAAAUCAAGAUGUUGCUGCUGGGGGCGGGUGAAUCUGGAAAGUCAACCGUCCUCAAGCAGAUGAAGCUCAUUCACCACGGUGGAUACAACGAGCAGGAGAGGGAUUCCUACAAAGAAAUCAUUUUCUCGAACACCAUCCAGUCUAUGCGUGCCAUCCUCGAGGCCAUGCCCACGCUUGACAUCUCUCUCUCUCCUCAGAAUGACGCUCGCCGUGCCGUGAUACUGUCAUUGCCCGCGCAGAUCGAAGGCGAUGUUCUUCCUAACGAUGUUGGAGACGCUGUCCGGGGGCUUUGGCGGGACGCCGGCGUCAAAGAAGCCGUCCGCCGCUCUCGCGAAUUCCAAUUGAACGACUCGGCAGUAUACUACUUCAACUCCAUUGACCGUAUGUCUGGACCAGGUUACAUGCCAACCGAUCAGGAUAUCCUUAGAAGUCGAGUCAAGACGACCGGUAUAACGGAGACCACGUUCAAAGUUGGCGAGCUGACCUAUAAGCUCUUCGAUGUUGGUGGUCAGCGGUCAGAGCGCAAGAAAUGGAUUCACUGCUUCGAGAAUGUCACUGCGCUUGUGUUCUUGGUCAGUCUUAGUGAAUACGACCAGAUGCUGUACGAAGAUGAGAGUGUGAAUCGAAUGCAAGAGGCCUUGACCCUCUUCGACUCAAUAUGCAACUCGCGGUGGUUCGUCAAGACCUCCAUCAUCCUGUUCCUCAAUAAGAUUGAUCUUUUCGCGGAGAAACUGCCGCGGUCACCAUUGGGAGACUAUUUCCCUGAUUAUGCUGGCGGAGAUAACUACGACGCUGCCUGCGACUAUCUGCUGCAUCGGUUCGUCAGCCUCAAUCAAAGUGCGGCCACGAAGCAAAUCUAUGCGCACUAUACGUGUGCGACGGAUACGCAGCAGAUCAAGUUCGUUUUGAGCGCGAUCCAAGAUAUUCUCCUCCAAAUCCAUUUGCGCGAGUGUGGUCUCCUGUAGUCCGCACACAAGUCCGAUCUAUCGUCUGAUAGGCAUAUCGCAUAGAUCUGGCUUCGUGCAGAUGGAUUUGAAGCCGAGGGUAUCCAGUGGGUUUUCAUGUAUGCAACUAUCUACAUUUUCGCGCCGUCAUCAUCGUGCACCGUUCGUGUCCAUACAUACCUUGCGCUCUCCACCAUCGCACUGUCGUUCAUCUCUCCCGUCCAAUCGGUCCCGCUUGACACGGGCCAUACCACCAACUUCAGCGUCUUCACACUGGUGGUCUAUUUACCCUUUUCAUUAUGACUGGCCUUCUCACUUCUUCUCUUCCUCGACAUCUUUGUUUCUUCUUUGCAUCUUGUCUUACCACCUUUCUCCUUCCUGCUUAGCUAUGAUGAACGGAUUCUAUCACACACAUAUGAUACCUUCUUCCGUUUCAGUGUACAUGCCGCCGUGCGUGUUCGCCGUACUUCUAAUUCAAAGGCUCCAGCGACAAAGUACAUAUGCUGUAUCGGCUGUAUGGUUUAAUAUUGGAUCGUCCAUGCCCUGAUGCAACCCC